UCUAUGAGUUAGUAUAAGAUCUAAUUAUUUUGUUACUUUGUAUGUGACAGUAUGUCAAUGUCUCAAUUAAAAUAAUUAAUAUCAUCAGCCAUAUCAUUUUAAAUAUUUAAAAAGUAGACAUAGAUUUUUAUUAUAUUAUAAAUAGAUAGAUUAGAUCUACAUAUAAUUUUACAAACUUUAGAAAUGAUUGAUUUUAUUUUUUAUUGAUAGGCCUAAGCCUUCUAGACUAGAUUGUCUAGAUCUAGCAUCUCUAGCUAGACUCUAACAUGUAGAUUGUAGAUCUUUGAAUUGGAUCGAUAUUCACCUUCCUAAAUUGUCUCUAAAGUAUGUAGCUGAUUUGAGAGGCCCAACGAGGCAAGACGAGUCUAUUAGUACUAUGUCUCUUGAUCUAUCUAGUAGGCCUACUAAGCUAGUGCAUUAGCCAUAGUGUAGUCAAAUCUUGACAACUAGUCUUCUAGAUCUAAGCUUCUAGAAUAAUUAGAUCUAGAUCCAGUUUAGAUUUAGAAUAUAAAAGUUUUUACUACCUUAAAAUACUAAAUCUACUGAUCUAAAUUCUAGAUAUAUAGAUCCAGUUCAGAUUAGGAUAUAAAAAUAUUCCACUAGCUAAAAUUCUAAAUCUACUGAUCUAUACUUAAUAUGUUAGAUAUUAUAUGACAUCUACAAAAAUUAUUAUUAAGAUAUAAUUAUAGAUUCUAGACUAGUUAUAUAUGUACAUAAAAUAUAUAAAUAAAAGAUAAAAUUUAUGCAGGCCUAGGUCCCAUAAAUUUAUAACUGAUCCAGAUCUAUCAGUAAAAGUUACCUUCGAUUGGCAGUUUUACCCAAUCUAAUCUAUACAAGACAAUUUAUAAUCCAUGCCUUGCCUACACCCCAUAUAUAUUAAAUAAUAGUUUCCAUUCCAUGCCAUACCCAGACCCAAGAGUUCAUGAAAUAAUAAAUGAUGUGGUGUCAAGUUGGAUCUAUCCCCUGAAAUUCAGUACUUUAAUAUAAAACUCACAUAUCUAGUUAAUUAUUUGCUAUGACACUCUGAUAAACUUGAACUUGUGUGAUACAUAUAUGUUUCUUAUCAGAUUUAAUUAAUGAAGUUUUGGUGCAUUUUAACCAGUAAUAAGGCUACAAAAGUAGCAUCAGGUGUAUUCUAACCAUUGGUAUUUUUCCUGGCAACAUUUCUUUUCUAGUCUGUGAUAAAUUAUAAAUAAAAAAAAAUGUUUGUAAUGUUUCAGUUAUUAACAAGUAGAACCAUGGCAACCAGUUCUGAUGAUGUACCAGAAUGGCUCAAGGAUCAUACUUAUACUAUUUCUACUCUCUGGGCAUCCAUUCAAUAUUUAAUUUAUGUUUGGAAAUGCAAGAAAAAGGCAUGCAUUCCUGAAAAGUCAAUGAUUGGUUGCACCUCUUAAAGAUAACUUUCUGUUAUGAGAAAAGAUGAGAUUCUUGGACUCCUGCAUAGCACCACCAGAAAGGAAAAUCCCAUCAUGUUGCAAAAUAAAAGUCUUGGACCAAUUUUAAUUUAAGAUAUAUAUUGUUAUAAACCUGGUGGUGGCACAGAUGGGGGUAGUGGUGUGAGUGUAGUCAGUCGACGCAAAUCGCCCCAGGCCAGCGCUAGACGAGCGGUCAACCGUGACGAGUUACGACGAUCGGCCGAGACGAGUGUCAACAAGAGGGUUCGGGAAGAAUCGCCGCCGUGAACAGAGCUCAUUGGCGUCCUGAGAAUUGUAGUCAUCUGACCAGUAGAAACGUCGAGCGGCGUUCUGUCCGGUUCUAGAAGGCCAGUAGGGACCUUAUAUAAAGAGCGGAGGUGUCGCAGUCAAGACGGUUCACGAGAGAAGGUCCACGACAGAAGGUUCACGACAGGGGCUCAGAACACGGUCGACUACAGCACAGUUCAACGGUGUGGUUCUGUACGGAGCAUUACGACGGUUCGGUGCGGAGUACUGUCAAGUACAGUUGAGACGACUGGCGUCUUGAUCUUGGUCUGUGAUCGAGUCCGACACAACGAACUCAGUGUGUGAAGUCAGUCCUUAUCUGUUGAACCCAGUGCAAGCCCGGAACGAGACGGAGAGGCCAGUGCAAGAGUUGAUACGGCGGUACGGUGUUAUCGGAGAGAUAUUUGUACAGUGUACGUGUUGCCAAUUGUACAGUAUUGGCUGUUAUUUAUUCAACUAUUAAAGUGUUACGUUACUCUGGAGCCCUGAGUUGUCAAAUUCUUUACGUUGGUGGUGUAUGGUGCAGUUUGCAGAGAGCCUGGAUAGUGAGAUUCGUAACACUGGUGUCAGAAGUGGGAUCGGAUCGUAUCGGAUAGGAACGGAUCUACUAUGGCUCGUCUGAAACUGCUGUACGAACUCGAAGUGAAAGAACUGAAGCGAGAGCUACGUGAUCGAGGGCUGAAGACAAGUGGAAUUAAAGAAACCUUACAGGCCGCCUCCGGGAAGACAUAGUGGAAGAAGAGGAAGAUCCAGACAUGUAUCUUUUUGACGUAGAACCAGAUAUGGAGGAGCUCUUGAGCUCAAUGCUAGGAAACAUCAAUUCCAAGAUAGAUGCCAUGAACACCAAGAUAGCCGCCAUGAACCAACGCAUACCUGAUGUGGAGGAGAGAAUCGUCAAUACAGACGUUCGUUCAGAUGCUAAAACCAGUGAGAGGAGCGUUGGUGGUGAUCAUGAGAACCCAUUGAAACCUGACGAAGCCGUUGAGAGGCAUAUGCAAGUCGAGAUAUACCAGCCAGAUCUGCACCCAACAGACGUUGGUCCAGCUGCCAAUACUGAAGAGGGAAGUCCUGAUGGUGGUCAAGAGAAUCCAAGGAAGCCUGACGUUGAAGUUGAUGGACAUUUGCACGACGAAAGUCAUCGACAAGGUCUGAAACCAACAGACGAUUGGCCCUAUACUGAGACAAGAGAGGGAGGUCCUGAUGGUGGAGAAGAAAGCCGAAUGGAGCCUGACGCCGAAGACGAGGGACCUUUGCACGAGGAGUGCUACCAACCUGCCCCACGAGCAUGCCCUCCUGACAAGGCUGAAGAUGAUGACCUGUACCACAAUUCCCCGCCCUGUGGAUUUGAAGCCCAUCCCAGUCCUUCUUCGCAAAGCCCUAUGAAGCCACCUCUUUUGCCAACGAUCUUGGUAUCCCCAGCCCUUACAUCCUAUACCUCUCCAUGUGUCAAGUGGCUGUCCUCGGUACCGACCGACAAGAGAGCGAUGCAACCACAACGUCACUGCAACAAGAGGACGAUCAACUGGAGGAAAAGAAGAAGGCGGCGUUUGCGUAGUCCAAUGUGCAUGGUGAUUCUACCAAGAAAUAACUGCAGCCACAUGAAGACCAACUGGCGAAGAAGAAGAAGGCUACUUUUGCUGAGUGCAAUAUGGAUGACCAUGCGAUCACGAGGUCGAUACAACCAGAUGAAGGCUAACUGGAGGAGAAGAAGAAAACGCAUUCUGAGUUCCACGUGGAUGGCGAUGAAAGCACGACGGCGAGGCAACCAGGUCAAGGCAAACUGGAGGAGAAGAAGGAAGCGACCAUUGCUGACUGCAACAUGGAUGGCCCCAUUAAGCUCAAGACGCAAGCCAACUGCCACCGAUCGACCCCCACCUACAGCGAUGAAAUUUCACAGCCAAUGUCAUGAGGUUGAAUCUGCCCGGGACGGACAUAUCUAAGGAGGGGGCAGUGUUAUAAACCUGGUGGUGGCACAGAUGGGGGUAGUGGUGUGAGUGUAGUCAGUCGACGCAAAUCGCCCCAGGCCAGCGCUAGACGAGCGGUCAACCGUGACGAGUUACGACGAUCGGCCGAGACGAGUGUCAACAAGAGGGUUCGGGAAGAAUCGCCGUCGUGAACAGAGCUCAUUGGCGUCCCGAGAAUUGUAGUCAUCUGACCAGUAGAAACGUCGAGCGGCGUUCUG